UAUUUCAUGCAGCUGCACGUAAUGCAUAUCGUGUAUGGUUGUUUUUCGUCUUUGCUUUAGCAUCUAUGUUUUAUAUUUCAUGCUGCUCAGAUCAAGGAUUUUACAAGGAAAACUUUAGAAUGAUGAAUCUGGAAAACGUAGCGGCGCUCGUUCUGUUCUUCGUGGAGUGCUAUCAUGUCUGUGGUCAUCUGAGCAUCGCUUUCAGGAUCCGAAUGCUCCCUCGGAAGGACCUGUACCGGAUCCGUUUCUACAUUCUCCUGGAUCCGGUGUCGGGAAUUUUGACUACCUUUGUGUUCCUUCAGAGGAUUCAAUGGUUGUCAGUGCUCCAUUUUCUGCAACAAUUGUAUUACUUCCUUUUCUGGGAAAAGACAAGACACGCCAAAAAAAUCUUAAGUUGGAGCUCUCUAGACUGGACUGCCAGUAAAUUGAAGGAGGAGUGGCAUUUUGAAUCCAUUCUGGGGUUAUCUUUCGACACAGGUGUUCAUGUCACCAUGGCUUUCUUUCUCAGCCAAUACUUGUCGACGGUACAAAUCUUCGUUUGUCUGUUUUUGGUACAGUGCCUCGCAUUGGUUGUUCUUUGUGGACCUUGGUACGCCUGGAGUUCCCCUUCGGCCAUCCCAAAGUGGGUCCAAAAGAGGAUUCGUCCAUUGAGCAAGGAAGAAUGGAAAACGUCUUAACCAGUCAUUCCUUAGUUCUGGAUUGAAUUGCCCUCACUCUUGGUGUAAUUUUGUUAAUCAUUCUCAGUAUUGUGAUCUUUAGUUAUUUAUUUUCUGUAAGGUUAAAUAUCCCUCCACUUCAUAUUUCACCAUUUCCCCCUUAUAUUCCCAACCUUGAUUUUCAUUAACAAUGACAUUAGAUUCAUAUGGAAAGUAGUUUAAUAUAUCAAGCUUUUCUUACCUUUUCAAAAAGUAAUAUUUCGUCUGAACAUGAUAUGAAGAAAAUUGGGUAAUGGUUAUUUGAAAGAUCAACAUUGUUUUAUCUCGCAAUAAAAAUAAAUCUGAGAUACAUGUGUAUAUAAAAUUAAUACUUGUAGUAUUUACUUUCAAACGUAAUGUAAUUCAUAUUAGAAAAUAUAAUAAAGCGUUGCUUUUUAAAUCAGAAAAUUACAUAUCGUGUUUGUGCAAAAUCUGUUCUGGUGAAAAGAAAAUUAAGUACUAAUUGAUUAUAAAAUUCCUUCAUUUGAAAUCUGCAACAAUUUAAAGACAUAUGUUAAGAGAAUAUCUCAAUUUUCCUAGGAACUGAUUAUAAUUUUUGUAAGGUAAACUAUUUUAGUAAUUGAUAAAAAUAUCAGCAAAAUUUAAAGAAAUCAAUAUUUGUAUGAUAGAAUUGAUUUGAAUUAGUUAACUUUAAAAUAAAUUCUGGAAAGACAUUUAAUUA